AUGUCACAAAAUUCGAAUUUGAUGCGUGAAGUUCGUCUCUUCGAAAAUCAUUCGGAACGAGAGCAAAUGGAGAAUUUAUCCGAGCUUUUUGCUGUACUCAACGCUCUAGAGCACCUGGAGAAGAUGUUCAGUCGUGACCACGUGACAGCGGACGAAUACAAAACAGAGUGUUUCAAACUGAUCGAUCAGUACAAAGUGACGAUGCGUCUUGUUCACGGAGCGACAAGUAUCGAAGAGUUCGCAAAGAAGUAUCGUCUGCAUUGUCCGGCGGCAAUCGAAAGGAUUCGAGAAGGACGACCGAUUACUGUCAAAGAUGAUCAGGGAAAUGUAUUGAAACAUAUCGCUUCGAUUGUUGAGCAAUUCAUCACAUUCCUGGACUCUCUUCGGCUGAAUACACGUGCUGUUGAUGAUUUGUAUCCAGUACUUGACGACCUCUACAAUGCAAUAAAUUCCACUUCUCGUGUCCCAAUCGACGCGUCCGUCACUACAAAAGUCAAGAAAUGGCACGAUCGAUUGUCGUCGAUGUUGGCGACAGAUGAGAUUUCGGAUGACGAUGCUCGUCAAAUGAUUUUCGACAUCGAAUCUGCGUAUCAGGCGUUCAAUAAGGCUCUCAACGAGCAGAAGCAUUAA